ACGGGCGGUCAUCACAAUGUUUCGAGUGGAGAGCGUUCAUCAGAGGCGUCACAGGCUGCAGGCAGGAGCCCAGACCGGCAAAUCUCGCUUCUUAAGACGCCUUUGCCUUGUCGCUCCAACAGCCAGACACUGCUCAGUUCUGCAGAUGAGGCUACAGCAGAGGCAGAGUCGGCAGCAGAGCCUCGGUGAGAGCCCCGCACUGCUGCAGAAAAUGCCAGCGAUUGUCUGCGAGCGUAGUGGCCUGCAAAGAUGCAAGAUCGAGGACAUCAUAAGCAAGAGCGUCUCCAGCAAGCCAGAGGCACUCGCAGGGGACGGCGUGAGGCUGCUGCGAGCGCCCUGCGACACGGACGGAGCGGGCUUCGCGGAGCACAUCAAGCGCGCCCGCGUCUCCCCGUCUCCCGUCUCAACCUCCCGACCGCCGGCACCGCCGCCGCCGCCCGUGCCGCCGCUGACGCCCGGCUGCCCGCCUGACUCUGGUGGGAAUGCCUCGCCACAACCUUGUAUCAACUCGGUCGUGUAA